CUCCUGCUGCCUUGAUAUUAUUCCAACAGGAUUUUUCAAAGAUGUUUUGCCUUGCAUGGCCUCAGAUCUACUUCAUAUAUUAAACAAAUCUCUUCACUCAGGUAUUUUUCCACAGGCUCUGACUACUUUCUCCAUAUUUUUCGGACAUCUAAUCCGUGUUUUUCAGAACUUAUUUCCCUUAUUUCUCUUGUUCAUUUAUAUUUGUUUUGAAAGUAAUAUGGUCUUUGUUUACAUUAGCAAGCAUCGCUAACACUCAGAGCAACUGUAGCGCUGGUGCAUUAAUGGGAAACCCUUAAUGUUUGAGCACCCUCUAUGAAACGUCAAGCUACCCCACAGCACCCCCUAGAGAAAAUCUCUGGCGCCGCCACUGCCCACAGUUACCACGUAACCCACGUUACUCCUGCUCGGCCCAGCGUCAGGCCUCACCUCAGCUUCUCUCCAGGAGCUGGGGUAAAACUGAGGGCUGUAGAAUCAAAAAUAAUUAUGAUAACAUGUUUAUUAUAAAGGGGGAGUUCAGUUACAUUUACGGUAUGAAUCCAAAAUGUCUAAUACCAUCACUAUCUGCACCCGCAACAUCAGAACUGAGUCAGUUAGUGAUUAUUGUAGAGUACUAUAAUAAUACACACACAAAUACAUUAGGCAUCUCUAUUGAGGAUAUAACAGGCAUGACAACAAUCUGAAUCCUUACUUGGUAAUAAUAAUAUUAAUAAUACAUUAAUUAAUUAAUUACUCAACAAAAAUGUGUGAAAUAAAAUAAAAUCUAAUAAAAAAUGUUAACCCAUUUCAUAUUAUUAUAACACGAUUGACUGAUGUUUUGAGCAGAGGUCUUGAGUAAAACCUCACCAAGUACAUUUGAAUAAAAAAGAAAUACAUUUUGGGGAAUUCACCUAAAGGCUUAGAGUUAAAUUAAAGAUCAGAACAAGGGAAGCACUUUUUAAGACUAAAGGGAGGAUUCAUGUACCUAUUAUACACUCAAUAUACCCUGCUCUGGACCAAAGCUUGUGCAUAUUAAAUGCAAUUCCUGGAUACAUUAACCUUUAGAAUUUAUUUUUGGUUCCUUCCACAGAGCUGAAGGAGAUGCAGAGCAGCUUGAGUCCUGCUGCUGGAUUAUUUGGAGCGAGUCUGGUGUUGUGCCUGAUGGGAAUCGGGUCUUGAGCUUUCUUUUUCACCAAGCAGCCAAAUUAGAGCCUUUCAUUUUGAGAUUCACUCAAAUCUUUGUUUUUAUUUUACCUUUUGUUUAUUAUCAUUUUGUUUGUAAAAGUAUGUUUGUUCUACUAUGUAUUUACCAUGAACUAAUGAUAGUUAUUGUAAACAUUACAGAGACAUUUUUUUUUAUGAACUAAAGACCAGUGAAGAAGAAUAUGCUUAAGGUGAUUCAUAAAAUAGUAUUGAUAUAAAGUAAAAUAAAAUACAUAUUAUGUAUGUUUAUUAUCUAACAAUGCAUCAUUGAUAAAUUACGGUUACCAGGACAGGAAAUAAGCAUUUAGCCUAUAGAGAUUUGUACAGUGGAAUUAUUGAAAAAUGUAAUAUGUGCCAAAUUACUAGUAGCUUUUUCCAAAAUAAAGUUGUUUGUUUUAAAAUGUUCAACUUUUCUUACUUUGGAAAAUAUAUUCUAAUAUUGCUCAUAUUUAAAACGGUUUCAUAAAACACAAUAUUUUAGGUAGUUUGUACUCCUGUUUCAACACUAGGUGUCGCAAAAGCGUGUUUUUCUCAGACUGCAGUGUCGGUGCUUCAUCUAGAAUCGUCCCUGGAUCAAAAUACUGCUCUUCUGUAGUUCCACAACACGCAUGUAUCACGCUGUUAAAAAAACUUUGAUGACAUGAGUGCUGAUAAUUCAGUUGGAAAUGUGUUUGUGCCUUUACGAAAUCUACUGAACUCCAUCCAGUGUGUGAGAGACCGAGUCAGAGAUGGAGAAUCCAAUGAGUCCGGUGGAGCGUUUGACCUCUCCAACUUCUGGGACACUCUGAACCAGGCGGUGAAGGCGGUGUCGCAGGAAGCCACUAAACUCAGCGUGGCAUUCUCCAAACCCCCGCUGCCUUCACAACAGGAUGGAGAGAAGUUGUCAGAGUGGAUCCUGAAGAGCGUCCUCUCUCUGUCCACUGUGUAUUACUGGCUGCCCAAGAGCCAAGGUGUGAGUCUGCGACGACAGGUGCGAGCCGCCACAGUGGAUGGGUUGGAGGGAGUCACACAGCUGGUGGAGGUCAUACUGAGCUCCCCACUACAGAGUCUGUCUCAUGAACAGUUAACUUCAACCGGAGGCGUCUGGUCUGCCUGCGACAGCUUAACCCAGCUGCCCCGAGACAAUAAGGCAGCUCUGUUGGUGGUUCUGUCCGCUCAGAUUGGAGUUGUUAAAGAUGCCAUAGAGGAAAUAGAACAGGCGUUAUCGGAGGUUCAGGACCCCUUCAGUGACGUCCUGGACGAUGACCAGGAGCCUCGAGGAAACCAGGACACCUAUUGGUCGGAGAAGGACCGCCGUGUGAUUGGUCCGUGUCAGGGCCUCAUGAAGGCGUCCGCGGCGUGCCUGAGGAAACUGACGUCUGCCGUCAAAACCCACGGGGACGUCUCCACGCCUCAAAACGUGGCUCAGCUCGAUGACCUGGCCGAUAUCACCAAGGAACUCAGUCCUGGGUAG